AUGGACAAUGUUCUAAAUGAUAGACAUCUUUAUCGAAACUUUUUCAGAAUGCUUCAAAAUUACAUCUAUUAUAAAAUUAUUUGCCAGUGUCUGAAGCACUUUGGCUGGACUUGGGUUGGAAUAGUGGCCUCAUAUGAUGAUACUGGAGAGACAGAAGAACUGGCUUUGAAGAAGUAUAUGGCUUAUUAUGGUAUUUGUGUGGCAUUUACUUUGAAAAUUAGUUAUUCUGCAUUAAGUCAUAAGCUAAAAAACACAAGAAGAAAAAUAAACGCUAUCCAAAAAUCAUCUGCAAAUGUUAUCAUUGUUUAUGGCUCAGCUAAUUACAUAGUUCUCAAGACUUUACUAAUUGGACGUGACCUAUUCAAAGACAAGACAUUUGUUUUUCCUCCUUCCUGGACGUCUAAUGUUUUUCUAACAGAUUAUUCUAUAAACAUUUUUGAAGGAAGCUUGUACAUAGAACUCUAUCCUCUACCGCUUCCUGAUUCUGGAAUUUUUUUUACAUUUAUACGCCCCUCAAAACGGCCAAAUGACAAACUUCUUGAAAAUAUAUGGAGAGUAGAAGUGGGUUGUUUGUCACCAAAUGCCUCUAAGAACAGAUUUUAUGAAACAGUCUAUGGAACCACUCUCAGAAAUUGUACUGGAAAUGAACCUUCAAUAAAUGCUCAGGAUCAUCUGCAUAAGGAAGUUUCUCCACGGGUGCAUUUUGCAGUCUUAGUCAUGUCUUAUGCUUUGCGUGAGAUGCACAAAUAUCUCAAAAGACAUUUAAUUGGUAAUAAAAUAAAACACUAUAACUACAGACAUCAGGUGGACAUAUAA